CAUCACAUGGUUCAUCCCUGCGAGUGCAAUUUAAAUCAGGCGGCUAUGCAAGGGGCAAGGGGUUCAGAGCGGUGUAUUCAUCAUCUCAUAGUUGUAAGUUAACACAUUAUGUUGUUUUACUGCUUGCCAUGUAGAAUAGUCGUGGGUUGAAAUGGGUUCAGAGUGGUGAAUUCAUCAUCUCAUAGUUGUAAGUAAACAAGUUAUGUUGUCUUACUGCUUGCCAUGUAGAAUAGUCAUGGGUUGUUAUUAGUGUUUGGAGUAGUGGAUAUGAGGAGCGUUGGCAAUGUGAAGUAGAGAUAAUUGGUUAAUGUGGCUGUUCAAAACAGUUGCUGGUUAUAUAAAUUUCAAGGGAAAAAUCUAUGCUCAACAAUGUUGAAACUCCUGUAAUUAGGUCUUGAAAUCUGAUUUCAAAAGAUUUUUUUGUGUGGUUAUUUGUUUAAAAUAUAUUUACAAUGUCUACUAGUUUUACAUUUGGCAAGAUAAUCCUCUUCUAAAGAUAUGUAUAGCCCUUUAGUUCAAUUUGCUUGAAAUAUGCAGUAGACUUAAUUAUAGUUUUAUAAUGUACAUGUCUAUUUAAAUUGAUAAAUUACAAGGAUAUUGAUAUUUUACACAAAUAAAUGUUUAUAUUUAUAGAAGCAAAUACACACAUGUUCUUGUACUUAUCUCUUAGCUUGUGGUGGUGAAAUCAAAGUCUCAUCUGGGCGCUUUACCAGUCCAUUGUAUCCUGAUAACUAUCCUGAUGAUAUAGAAUGUAUUUGGCAAUUGACAACUCCUCCAGGAAAUGCAUUACAGUUAUCUUUCCCGUAA